UCUUGGAUAUGUUCGCUAAUCUCCCACCAUGCAGGUGUCAGUUGAUCCGCGGAUUUCGUGGAGUGCGGACGCGAAACGCAAAAAAGUAUUUCAUAAUUUUUUUUUUGAAAUUCGCGCCCAUAACUUCCAAAAAUCUCUAGGAUGCUAAAGUGCAGCUAAGUGUGUGCAUCUUGCAAUUCAUCUGAAUGCAUUUCGACUAGUCGAGCAGAGCACGUAGGCGACUUGCUCAACGGUUCGAGGGCUCCAUGCAGUUCAUCCAUCUAUUCUAGACCUAGUUUAAUUAGUGUAAUUUAAUUGAAGAGUACCUAGUGCAGGUGUGAAAGUGGUUACUCUAGUUGACUUAAGCAACUAUCGAUCUUAGCAGCAUCACUGCCAGUUCAGUUCCGCACAGAUUUUGCAUUUUCCAAACAAAAGAGUUAUUUAGUGCAGAUUGUGUUGAAAUCGAUUAUUAUACGUCGUUACUCCAAACAAUUGAGUUCCUGCUUCAGUUUCAGUUGGCAUUUGCACAUUUGCUCACGACUUGCAUAAAUACACUAGCGAAAAUCGCUUGCAAUUCGGAAAACACACAAAUCGAAAGCAAACGCAAGAAGAAAGAUAAAAGAUAUUUUCUGUGGUGUAAAUGCUUGUAUCUUGUGCAUUUUAAUAAGGUGUUGUGUGAAUGUCGUAAGCGAACUCACCUUGAUAUAGGAUGUCUAUUUUUGUGGAUUAACAAAUUUUGUAUGUGGUUUAACAUAUAAAAUUAGUAAAACUGAUUUCAUCACCGUCUCAUCCAAGUGGUCGGACGUUAUUGUUGCUGUGGCAGUUGUUGUUGCUAACAUUGUAGCCGUUGCUCUUGCUACCAAUUGAAGAUUGUUACCAAGGCAAGGACGAAUCGUUUUGAGCGACUUGAUCUAUCAAAGAUUUUAAUCAUACUGGCGACUAUUAGCUGACGAUCAAAAUGAUAUCGCGUCGUAAAAUUUUGUCAAGGUCCUUAGAUAAUCUGGACGACAUAUCCAGAACCGGUGAAGAGGAAGAUGUUUGGUACGAUAAGGAUAAGCUGUGCAGGGAUCACAUACAAGAAGUACUCGACAAAUGGACACAAAUUGACGAUGAAAUCUGGGCAAAAAUCAUUGUUUUUGAAAGGAAUCGUCGUGUUGCUAAGGCAUAUGCCCGCUCCCCAGUCAUAACAAUAAAUGGAUCCAAGCAUGGUUUCGAUGGAAUGAGGAUUGGACUAAAUGGUUUCGACAAUCCCAUGCGUGAUACAAAAACAGCUGAAGUUAAAAAAUUAAUUGGUGAAGGAUUCAAAAUGAAAAUGGACGAAACAGGAAAUAUUUUGGUAAAACGUUAUGGCAAAAGUAACGUCUUGGUACAGAAUACAUUACAAAAUGCUAAUGAUGAGACAGUAAUCGGUGCUGAUAUAGCGAAAUUGCCAAAUCAUGCAUUGCAAGUUGGAAAAUCAGGAAAGCUAUUCGAUAUAAAAAAAUUCAAUCUAAAUAUAAACCGUGAAUUGGGACGUUCAUAUCCAGAUCGUCGACGUCUCGAACGACAAUGCUUAUCAGCCGUGGCACUUGUUAAAUCAAGUGAUAAUCUCUUAAACUGCCCCCUCUGGAUUCUAGUUAUAAAUGUCGUAGCUAUAGAUAUGCUAAAAAAUAAAAUGUCAGCAAUUCCAAAAAUGUUUGAUUCUGAUAACAACAAUCGUUCACCACCAUCUUCAUCGAAUGAGGAUCCUUACUCAACCAUUGAUAGUCAAGCUGAAUUAACUGAGCUUCAUCCAGCUGUUAUUCAGGCGGCUUCGAAAUUGUCAACACCAAAAUAUGAGGAAGUUCCAUAUGAACCAAAGCCUGACUACGAAGCCCUUGAAAACGACAAAGCACUGAAACCAGUUCGUUUCGCGAGUAAGGAUAAAAAUGGCAACAAGCCCAAACAACGUAAGAAGCAAGAUGACCCCUACUACUGUGGUCUCUUGGCGCGUAUCCCUAACUUCAUAAAAUCAUCGAAACCGAAUAAAAAAUGCUCUAGCAAUAAGGAAGCCAAGAUGGCGCGCAAAAUUUCCGCUCAAUAUACAUCGCAACCCAUACCUAUUGCUUCCGUGCAUCAGUAUCCCUAUUCGCCAGUCUACCCGUACAAAAUGUACCCCCAUCAUCAUCCGCUCUCGCAAUCACAAUUCUCAUUGUGGGAUGCACGUAGCCUAAUUAGCGGAGUCGAUUAAUGCCGUGGUGGUUCGGAGGAGGUCUUGUUUGGUGUCCUUUGCCAUAUAAAAGCUGAAGACUGAAAAAAAA